UUAAUUGACAACUAGCUAGCUCAGAAUUACAAGUGUUCGUCGACAACUAGGCGUUGAUGGAUAUUUAACGACAUUUGACGUACUGUGGAACGCGCAUACACACUCACGAACACUCCACAAUACAAACGAAGGCAGAACUCUGAGAUCUGAUCUCUCCCCCUGGCCCCCACUUUGUUUCCUGUUAUAGAAUCGGAGUAAGCACAGGGAGCUUCUAUUGACCCAGAUCUCCGCUUAGGAUUCCAGGGGCUCUUUCACGUACCACAAUCAGACCCACUUCGUCAUUCGGUUCAAACCGAGUCUAUUGAUCAAUCUCUAUGAUUCUUGACUGCUAAGUCUUCAGGGAUCUCAUUUGUGUGUGUGACAAAAGAUGUCUUCAUGAAAUGAGAUCUGUAUAGUGAUCUAUUAAUACAUAAGUGGAAGUGAAAAGUUGGUGAUUGAAGAGCUUGAAAACUAAAUAAAUGAUGAGGGGAAGAUCUGAUGGAACACAAAAGAAGCGUUUAAUCACUUCUUUGUGUGUUGUGGCAAUCUUUCUUGGUUUUCUGUAUGUAUACUAUGGAUCCAUUUUUGGCUCUACAAACCAUGGUACAUCUGCUCUAGAAUAUGGGAGCAGAUCUUUGAGAAGACUUGGUUCAUCGUAUUUGGGUGGGGAUGAAGAUGCUGAUAGCAAGCAAGAUGAAUCUUCAACAAGAUUUGGCCUAGAAAAUGGAGAGGAUGUCAUCACACCAAAGAGUCUCCCAGUUUGUGAUGAUCGACAUUCAGAACUAAUUCCCUGCCUAGACAGACACCUCAUAUACCAAAUGAGGUUGAAGCUGGACUUAUCUUUAAUGGAGCACUAUGAGAGACAUUGCCCUCUUCCAGAAAGGCGGUACAACUGCUUGAUUCCUCCUCCACGAGGAUACAAGGUCCCAAUCAAGUGGCCAGAAAGCAGAGAUCAAGUAUGGAAAGCAAACAUACCUCAUACUCACCUUGCACAUGAGAAGUCUGACCAGAACUGGAUGGUUGUGAAAGGUGAAAAGAUUGUAUUUCCGGGUGGAGGUACUCAUUUUCACUAUGGAGCAGAUAAGUAUAUUGCUUCAAUUGCAAAUAUGCUAAACUUUUCACACAAUAAUAUAAACAAUGAAGGAAGAUUAAGAACAGUUCUUGAUGUUGGCUGUGGUGUUGCGAGUUUUGGAGCUUAUCUCCUCUCAUCUGAUGUUAUAACGAUGUCCUUAGCACCGAAUGAUGUGCAUCAAAACCAAAUUCAGUUCGCCCUAGAAAGAGGAAUUCCUGCAUAUCUUGGUGUUCUAGGAACCAAGAGGCUCCCUUACCCUAGCAGAUCUUUUGAACUUGCUCACUGUUCUCGUUGUAGGAUUGAUUGGCUUCAAAGAGAUGGAAUUCUUCUUCUUGAGCUAGAUAGAUUACUCAGACCAGGCGGCUAUUUUGCCUACUCAUCUCCCGAGGCAUAUGCUCAGGAUGAAGAGGAUCUCAGAAUAUGGAGAGAGAUGAGUGCCCUUGUGGAACGUAUGUGUUGGACAAUAGCUUCAAAGAGGAACCAAACUGUUAUUUGGCAAAAGCCUCUGACAAAUGACUGUUAUAUGGAAAGAAAACCUGGUACCCUCCCUCCUCUCUGCCAGUCUGGUGAUAAUCCAGAUAAAGUUUGGGGUGUGUCAAUGGAAGCAUGCAUCACACCAUACUCUGAUCAUGAUCAUAUGGUUAAGGGCAGUGGAUUGGCUCCUUGGCCAUCUAGGCUGAUUGCUCCUCCUCCUCGACUUGCUGAUUUUGGCUAUUCAAAUGACAUGUUUGAAAAGGACACGGAAGUUUGGAAGGAGAGGCUUGUGAGCUAUUGGAAUCUCUUGAGCCCAAAGAUUUCAUCAAACACACUGAGGAAUGUGAUGGACAUGAAGACAAACAUGGGUUCGUUUGCAGCUGCUCUGAAGGACAAGGAUGUUUGGGUCAUGAAUGUUGUCCCUGAAGAUGAACCAAACACGCUUAAGCUGAUAUACGACAGAGGCCUCAUAGGCACUGUUCAUGACUGGUGCCAAGCAUUUUCAACAUACCCUCGAACAUAUGAUCUACUCCAUGCUUGGACUGUCUUUUCUGACAUUGAGAAGAAAGAUUGCAGUCCUGAAGAUUUGCUGAUUGAGAUGGAUCGGAUACUUCGGCCUACUGGUUUCAUAAUCAUCCGUGACAAGCUAGCAGUGAUAAAUUUCAUAAAGAAGUAUUUAGUGCCGUUGCACUGGGAAGCAGUGGCGACAUCUGAUUCCAGUUCAGAUUCAGACCAGGAUGGAGACGACAUUGUGUUUGUUAUUCAGAAGAAAAUGUGGCUGACAAGCGAAAGCCUGAGGGAUUCGGAAUAGGACGAUGGCUGCUACAAGGGAUUACAACAUGUCCCAAGUAUUUAUUCAGAAAACAAUUAUAUUUUGUAGCAUUGAAUGAUUUUUACUAUAUUGUUUUUUAUUUCCUUUUUCUACAAUGAGUUAGUCGAUAAGCCAUAGACUACAAGUAUCUAUAGACUAUUUCUUCAUCUUUUUCUUUUCUUUUUGAAAUCUGGGCAAUUGUGUAAACUAUUUCAGCAAUUGAUCAAUAACUAAAACAAAUAUGUGCUUCUGAAGUAUUUAGAAUUGUUCA